CCUCUACGUACGUACGCAUACGUGGUAUGGUAGCUGCUCAAUAUAGCUUUGUACUACUACCUACUGUAACGAAGUAGGAUGGACGGGAUUCUAAAGGCGCUGGGGUUCGACAGCAAGCCCGAGUACCAAGACAAGAUCCCUGACACCCUCACAGAGGACUGUUUCAACGUGCACAACACAUUCAAGCAUGGGUUCUCGAGUCAUCCCCUAAGCCUUGGUUACGACUCAGCACAGCAGCUGCUGGCCAUUGGUGCCGAGCAUGGAGCAGUACUACUUCUGGGCAAGCCUGGUCUAGAGCGGCACAUCAACCACCCCACUGAUGCCGCUGUAACACAUCUAGUGUUCAUCACUAACAGGGGCCUCCUAGUGACUGCUUGUGAUAAUAACACACUGUAUCUGUGGUCUCUCAAGGACAAGCAACCUAAGAUACUGCACAGCCUCGAGCUCAUCUCUGAAAAAGCCACUGCUCUGUCCUAUGUGUUUGCCUCUGACUGGAUGUAUGUGGGCACAGACGCUGGCAAUGUGCACCUACUACACUUACACACAUUCAAGAUCUCAGGAUUCACUAUCCACUGGAACAACGCAGUUGAACUAUCUUGUCGUCGUAAGCCUGGUGAUGUCAUCUCAGUGACAGAGCACCCCCUCGAUCAGGGUAAGGUGUUGAUAGCAUUCUCUGGGGGCAAGUGUGUCCUGUACGAUAUGAGAGAGGCCGGGUCACAUGACCAACACACCCACCACAAGCGCUUCAACUAUGACCCUGGCAGUGAUCAUAUCCUAACCUCUGUGAGCUGGCUGGGCAGUGGUAAGAGCUUUGCCUGUUCCUAUAGUGAUGGUACCAUAGCUGUGUGGAACCCCAAGGUGGAGGCCAGGCCAGAGAAGGUCUUCCCACUGCAUGAUUUUGACUCAACAGAGUUCAAACCUAUCUACAGGCUACAGCAAGUGCACACUGAGAGUGACCCUUGGAUGAUAGCCAGUGGUGGUUAUCCUGAAGGGAACGACCAAGCCCCCCGGACCCUCACUCUCCUACGGGGGAAGGCCUCUACUCGUAUGCUCUCCACUGAGAGUACCAUCCUGGACUUCCUCUGUCUGCCCUCAUCACCCCGUGCUACAGAUUGUCAGCGUCCAUUUGCUCUUGUGAUUCUGACUAAGCAAGAAUUGGUGGUUCAUGACCUGGAGCACUCAGAGUUGCCACGGUACCCUGGAUACAUGUUCCCGUAUGCCCUGGACAUCCACCUACCUCCAGUCACCUCCCUCCAUUACACUGCCAACUGCUCUGAUGAGUUCAUUGCUUCUCUGCAUUCAGUCAAGUCCAAACUCAUGAAAGUAUCAGCCAAGCCGUGGCCUCUCAAAGGUGGCAAGUGGGGCCAAGAGGUACCACACACCUCCACUGACCUCAUCGUCACUGGACAUGUGGAUGGCUCAGUGCGACUGUGGUACUCUAGCUCAGUGAUCCUGCAACCAUUCUUCACAAUGAGCACUUCUCAGUACUUCAAGAUGCGCUACCAACCUUCCCCUAAAAGCACACCAUCUUUAAAUAGUAGCCCACGCUCCACUAAAGGCACACCCUCCUCUAAAGACACACCCUCGUCAGAUAGUGCCUCUCGCUCAAUUAAAAGUGAUAGUAGUGGUUCCCCCUCCCCCACCAAGAAGCCACGCCAGAAGGCAGCCACUCCCCCAGCUGCCAUGCUCUCCACGAUCCCCCCUCACACCCAGCCCCCCUCUCGACAGACCUCGUGCCCUGAGCCCCUCCCCAUCCCCCUCCCACCAUCACCAGAGGUAGUGGAGACCAUACCAGAGGAGGAGGAGGGGGGUGCUCUGUAUCCAGCCACAGGGCAGGAACACACCAUCACUGACACCACUGAUGGGACCUUACAUGCAGGUGCCAAUACUUCAGGAGCAGUUGAGAGACUUAAAGUCAAUUCGUUUGAAAGAAAGAGCAUCUUUAAAAAGAAGAAGCGGUCGAAUGGUGAUGGGUCUCCGCAGAGCUCUCGUGGUCCAAGCCCCUCGCCAGAUGAGGGGGAGGCAGUAAAGGACAAGAAGAAGAAGAAGAGUUCACUGUCGAAAUCGUUUAAAAAAAUGGCAAAAGCUGUUAAAAUUGGCCGCAGCUUAAGCCGUGAAAGAGACAAGCCGACAGAGGAGUUUGAUGGAGAUCUGUCCAGUAAUGCAUCGACUGGAGGCAGCAAAGGAGGAGAGGAAGAUGAAGGAGGCAACAAAGAUGGAGUAGAAGUGGCCAGCUCACCCUCCAAACGGCCGGAAACCAUACCCCUGCAACCACUAGGGCUUGCUCCUAUCAUACAGGAGCCAUCAUCAGCUAACCAAACUCCUGGAUCAUCCCCCACCAAGCAGCCGUCCCCUGCUAAAGCCACACCCCCAACUACUACGCCCCCUGUGAAAGUCACGCCCCCUGCUGAAGCCGCACACCCCGUGGCUACGCCCACCUCUUCCAGUGAUGAGUUCUUCCCUAUAAGUGCUGUACACGUGUGUGCGGUGGGUCUGUGGAUGUGCGUGGCCAACACAGGAGGGGCAGUCAUGGCCUUUGACUUCCAACUCUCAGAGAGAGAGCUCUCCCCUAAGUCUAUUGAUAUCAACUUUGACCGGGACUCUGUGAUGCGUCAGUAUGCUCCCUCGUCUGCUCGCCCCGCAACCACACCCCUUUCCUCUGUGGGUACGUGGGGGUUCACGGACAAGCUUCCCCCCACUCGACCAGGGUUCCAACUCAGUCAGGUGGCCGUCUGUUGUUACCACGUUCAGCGCAAGCAAGCUCUCAAGAGAGAUCCCAAGAUUCGUGUGCCAGCCAAGAUCUCUGUCAUGCUCUACAGUGUGGACCUGGGACUACUGGUGAUUGGCAGUAACCGUGGCUUUGCUCUGGUGGACACUAAAUCAAACUCUUGUCUCCACACCCUCUCAUCUCUAACCAGCAUACUCUAUUUGUCUGAUCCAAGCAAGUUCACACGUGCCCUACGCAAAGAGUCGGAGUGUGCUCUCCCCUUACCCAAACCAUUGGUCCGUCGGCACACCACACAACGAGGCCUCUCCACUGCCGCGCCGACCCCUAUGACCCCUCGUUUCUCCGAGCCAGUAAUGCCCACUUUGGAGGAGCUGGACGAUGAUGUUUUUGAUGUCAAGAUGAUGACUGUGUCAGAGUUAGAGUCUUCGGUGACAGCAUUGGAACUAGUGCAACUACAACUGGAAAAGAAUGCUCCUCCUACUCUGAUGCUAUGGGUGGGGCUGGCUAGUGGUCACCUGGUAGCCUACGGAGUCAAUACUACUACCAGAAAGGGCAAGAUCGACCUCACCCCAACAAAGUUUAUUCAGGAUACCAAGUCUCCUAUAGUGGCUGUCAUCUUUCUGAAUGAGUGGGGUGAUCGUCAGUUGAUCCCCUUCCAACGUAAGAGGACUAAUCUGAGUGGUUCCCCAGAGGAACGUCCGGCCCCAACUCGUGGCCGAGCAGAGCAGUAUGCUGUGGUGGUGAGUGAGGAUAGGGUCCGAUCCUACUCUUUCCCGGGCUUUCAUAAGAUUGAGUCAGCCUCUCUACCACAAGGCAGUGCUCUAUUGCAGAGUGAGCACUUCACUUGUAACGACCUUCCUUGUCUGUUGAGUGUGUCCUCCAACAAAGAUAUCUUCAUUCACAGUCUCCCUGGCCUCAAGCUGCUACUCCAUCUCCCACUGGCACCUCUCACACACACACGAUCACUGUGCACCUUCCACGUGUCUGGCCCCGGUCAAGCCAUCUUCAUGAGCUCUGACUCUGAGCUACAGAGACUCAGCUUAGUGACUGAGGACAAACUAAACCUGCCGGCUUGCUUCCCAGACUUGUACGUGAAUCUGGCAGACCCAGAGCCUUAUCAAGGAGGAGUGGGCAAGAGAAUAUUGGACGCUCUGUUCACGUCAGGACCUGCCACUGUCGAUAGAGAGAAUUUGUUUGGUGAGACAGCUCGUCGUGCUUUGGGUAACUUGUACAAGUUGGAUGGGAAGGCGUCAUCAUCAUACGCUGGCAAGUUGGACAAUGAGAGAGAGGACCGGAGACGAGGGGAAGGGGGCGCGGCAAAGGGGGGUGCUCCAGGGGCCUCCGGAGUCGCAGGACAAAUGAAUAAAAAUGUUCAAGCACUUCACGAGAGGCGAGAGAAACUGUCUCAAAUAGAGGAGAGGACGGAACAAGUCGCUCGUGAAGCAUCUGAUUUUGCUGAUAUGGCUAAGAAACUCAGACAGAAAUAUGAACACUAGUCGUUUAUGUGUGUGUUGUGUGUGUACAUGUUCAGCUCUACAGUUUAUUGCUUUUUCAAUAAUAUCAUCAGUGCACAUAA